AUGCUCGACGUCCUCGACACCGCUGGCCAGGAGGAACUCAGCGCCUUGCGAAGCCAGUGGAUCAGGAGCGGUGAGGGCUUCCUCCUGUUGUACAGCAUCACCGACAAGACCUCAUUCGACGAGCUCGAAGAGUUCCGCACCCAGAUCCUCCACGUGAAAGACGUGACUGAGUCAGAGGCGCCACCGAUGGUGCUAGUGGGCAACAAGUGCGAUCUACCGAAUCGCCAGGUGCCAACAAGCACCGGAGCCGCAUUGGCCAAAGCGUGGGGGUGCUACUUCAUGGAAGCGUCGGCCAAGAGCCGGUUGAACGUGGACGAGAGCUUCUUCUGCGUCGUGCGAAAGAUUCGGGAGCUCGAGGGCGUGUCCUUCUCCGAGGACAAGGUCAAGCCCCGCAAGUCCAAGAGCUCGUGUCUGCUCUUCUGA